GCAAAGGGUUGAAUAUUGCCGAGGGUGAAGGGAGUGUGGAUUGAUUCGUGGGGUUUGAUUGGAUGGAUUGGCAUAGUUGGAUGCAUUUUGAUGGAUUUCGAUGAGUUGGAUUGGAGAGGGGAUGGUGGGGUAGGAUGGAAUUUGUGGGAUUGGACUGGACUUGCACGUUACUCCACAUUGUUGCGGCGGGCGGGAGGAGGGGCCUUUGGUUCUGGCUGGUAAAGUAUAAAUGCAAAUGCAUUUGCUAUGUGUGUCGGGGUACGAGGUAGGUCUAUGGAUACUUGUCUAUCUGGAUGUUUAUGUGUAUCAACUACUUUGUGUACUUUUCAUGAUCGGGUCCUUUGUGAAGAGAUUUCAGUCGGCACUGAGUGGGAUUUGUUUCGAAUUGUGCUGAUUUGAUUGGGUUUGAUUGAAUUGGUUGAUGGGGUUGUUUCUUCACGCUUAUAUCUACGAAUUUCGAGGGAGAUAUUGGAGUGAUAUCGAUUGAUCGAUUGAUGUACAUCUGCCUCUUCGAGAAAAGUCGGCAGAGAACAAUACGAGGUUAUACGAAGGAUUUAAGACAGGGGAUCGGAUCGCUGAGAGACUGAAGAGGUGUAGUGCAGGCUUGAGGACGCAGCUGAGACAGGGACAGAGAGUAGUUAUAAAGGCUCUCGAGAGACGUCGCAUCGACAAAAUUAUUCAGGGCGCCGAUACUGAGUUAGGAGUCUGUUGGAAAUCAUUCGCAUCAAGCUAGGAAAUCUCCAAAAUGUCGGGUCCUACUUCUAGACUUCAGAGUCUGGUGAAUCAUUUAUUACCUUCCUAUGAAUCAAGCACGUCUUCAGCAACGCAGCCAGCUCCAGCUCCAAAACAUCAUAUCCAUACCCUUUCACCGACAUUCUUUCUUCCCCGCGCCGCGGUCAUUGAACCUGAUGCUCCGGCUAUCCAUCACGUCACUGCGAAUGGACAAACAAUUACACGAUCUUAUCAGGAAUUUGCAGAUCGCGCUCGCGGUUUAGCGUAUUAUCUCAAGAACCACAAGCUCGCACGAAUAGGAAUCCUGUGUCCGAACACGCCUGCUUUUCUCGAGAGCAUUUUUGGAGUUGCGGCGGCGGGCGCGAUACAUGUGGGAGUUAAUUAUCGAUUGAAGGAGGAGGACAUUAUUUAUAUUUUUGAGUUUGCGGGAGUGGAUUGUAUUAUUGUGGAUAGGGAAUUUGUGGGGUUGUUGGAGGGGUAUAGGAAGAGGAAUCAAGGGGUGAAAAUUAUUGUGGAUGAGGAUACGGAUAGGGAUGAGGGGGAAUUCGAUCAUGCGGUUUUGGAGGGCUUGAAGUACGAUGCCGAACUUGGGGGCAGAGGUUGGGAUGGAUUGCAUGCGCAAGCUGAUGAUGAGGAUGGUACGAUUGCGAUCCCGUUUACGAGUGGGACGACAGCGAAACCAAAGGGGGUGGUUUAUACUCAUCGGGGUGCAUAUCUCGCUGCUAUGGGAAAUGUGGUGGAAUCGGGGUUGAACUUUCAUAGGGGAAGAUGUGGUUAUCUUUGGACACUCCCUAUGUUUCAUGCCGUGGGAUGGACUUUUCCUUGGGCUGUGACAGCAGUCAGGGGUACCCAUUUCUGUCUUCGCAAAAUCGAUUAUCCUCUGAUAUGGAAUUUAUUGAAGUCUCAACCCAUCACACAUUUUAACGCCGCGCCUACCGUAAAUACUUUACUUUGCGCCUCAAAGGAAGCAGCCAAACUUCCAAAUCCGGUCCGUGUCACUGUCGCCGCAUCACCACCUACAGCUCAUCUUUUCGAAACAAUGACAAACGUCAAUCUCAUUCCAGUUCAUGUAUAUGGGAUGACGGAAACCUAUGGGCCUAUCACAAAGGGCUACCACAUGCCUAUUUGGGAAGAUAUCCCAUUGAAAGAAAAAUACAACCGCAUGGCGCGUCAAGGACAUGGGUUCCUCACUUCUCUCAAUCUCCGCAUUGUUAAACCCGAUCAACCAGAUGAUAAACUGAUAGAUGUCGCACGUGACGGGAAAGAAAUUGGAGAAAUCAUCUUCCUGGGAAAUAUAUGUGCAAAGGGAUAUUAUAAUGAUGAAGAAGCGACGAGGAAACUUUUUGCGGGUGGGGCGCUGCACAGUGGAGAUUUGGCCGUGUGGCAUGAGGAUGGGAGUGCGCAGAUUUUGGAUCGGGCGAAGGAUAUUAUCAUUAGCGGAGGAGAGAAUAUUAGUAGUGUAGCGUUGGAGGCGAUGUUGGUGCAGCAUGAGGGGAUAUUGGAGGCGGGGGUGGUGGCGGUGGUGGAUGAGAAGUGGGGGGAGUGUCCGGUGGCUUUUGUUACGGUUAGGGAAGGGGGUGCAGGGAAUGAGGGAUUGAAAGGGGAGGAUGUGGUGAGGUGGGCAAAGGAGGAAAGUAGUAUUAGUAGGUUUAUGGUGCCGAGGGAAGUGAUUGUGGUGAAGGAAUUGCCGAAGACGAGUACGGGGAAGGUGCAGAAGAAUGUUUUGAGGGAGUGGGCGAGGGGGAAUUGGGGGGAGAAAUAGGGGGUGGAGUGGGAUAAUGAGAUGGGAUGUAUGGGAUGAGAACUGGAGUGGUCGAUAGCAUCGUUGUAUAUUAUUAUAAGUUAAUGGAAAUCGUUCGACGUGCCUGGCUUGUUGUGAUGUGAAACUUUGAAUUCGACGAUCUGUUGAGUGCA